AUGUCCGGUUCAGUAACAACAUGGUCUGUGGAAGAACCAUUACUUCCCAGGAAUCUAGACUUCAAGAAAAUAUUGAUCGCGGAAGAUCAAAGCAUCAACUUGAUAGCGGCGAACAGCAUCCAUCUAAUAGGCACACUGAAAGAAAUACGGAAUAAUCUCAUCAUGGGGAAUAACGAUUCAAUCUCUUAUUCGAUUAUGAAACCCGAAUUUCAACCAUUGUUUUGUGUCGAGAUUGAAGGAUACUCGGAUACACUCUUCGUUGCCACGACGGAAAAGCUCGGGUUCAUAGAAAAUUAUCGUCACCUAGGAAAUCGGGACUCCCGAGUUGUAUCUGAAGGGAUUUCACCGAGAUCCCAGUUGGAUGUGGAAACACCUAAUAACUUACGUUACACUGGGGGCAGCGUGGAUUGCAUGGGGAGAGUUUGGUUGAUGACUAGUGAGGGAAGAAACUCUUCUGGCCAACUCUUUCACCUUGAUAAGGACUGGAAACCAUCCAAUCGUCGUUACGUGAGUGUCCGGCGUUUCGGUGGAAUAGGUUGGAGCUUGGAUGAAAAAACCAUUUACAUCCAUGAGCUCGCGCGAAAUAAUUGCAUACUCGCUUAUGACUUUGAUAUCGAGACAGGCAUCAUUGACAUGGAAAAAGACAGGCUAUUCUAUGAAUUCAAACAUCCCAAGGAGUGUCCAACGGCUUUUGUGAUAGAUUCAGAAGAUCAUAUGUGGUGCGGAGUAGCUGGUGCCUCGAGAAUUAUUAGGAUAAGCCCGAACAGUGAGGUUGUGGGAGAGAUCCAUUUGCCUCCUCCUCAUGAAGCUAUCGACUUGCAAUUCAUCGGCAACGAAUUAGUUAUCCUUACAAGAAGACUCAGAACGGCUGAAAUUUUUCUGAUGGGUAGUACUGCUCAUGAAAUGUUAAAGAAUGCCAAAGAAGCAGCGUAUGGCAACAUUUUCACUGUGGAUACUGGCUACACUGGUAAACCAAGACAUCUUUAUAAGCUGGGCCCAGAGGAACUUUCUUUGUUGAAGAUUUCUGGUCUAUCUCUUGGGAACAGCUUGAGAGAUUUUAUACGAGGAGCUGCGGACUCUGUCAGUGUAUUCCAUGAGUAUGAAGCAUCGCGAAAUGUAUGA